AUGCCAGCAGACACAAAGAAAUAUCUUGUCCAUGACAUCGUAGUUUUGGUGAUUCUAAUUAUACUUUUCUUCAUCAACAGAAGUGCCAUCCCAGCUACAGCUUCUUCAGGUGUGAAAACUCUUCACUUAGUUGAGUACAUCAUUUCUUGGGUGAUUCAAAUAGUUUUAGUAGUCUUUGAUUACCUUAACUUACCCAACUAAGUUGGUGCUAUGAGAUCAAGUGCUUUAAUUUACCUGAUCGGAGUAUUUGCUGUAACAAUCAAAAUGGGAGUCUUCAACAUCUGGUUUAUUCUUUUCUUCUUUGCUCUCUUACCCUACCAAUUAAUUCUCUGGGUCGAUACUGCUGAAAUGGUUAAUGGGGAAGAAAAAGAACUUAAUCAUGAUGAAUCUCAUCAACCUUUCAUUGACAGAGAUUAAAGCAACUAACCAUUCACCUAUUAAAGAACAUUUAUUAGACAAGAAACUUAAUUAGAUAACCCAGUAAUAAUUUCUUAACAAGAAAAGAUAUUGUAGGACAUUGCAGCAUAAAGAGCAGCUUUCUUCUAACAAUAAAGAUCUCUACCAGUUGGUCAAGUUGAUAAUAACAACGAAGGAGCUAAUAACGCUUGA